CUUCUGCUAAUCCCUCUCUUUCUUCCCAUUCCCAUGGAGCUUCGGAGCCAAUCAAGACUUCUGCUAAAAUCUCAACCUUGGCACGUAAUAGUUCAGUUGCAGGUCAUACAAACCUCUCGACUAGUUGGGCCAUCCUCAACCUGAGCUGUUUCUUGAGUAUUUGACCCGGUGCCUCCAAAAUAUGGUUGAGGCAGCAGCUACGGCAGCGGCUGUUGAGGCAUACAGGGAUGGGAAAAGCUUAAUAGCUUAUGUUGGUCGCAAAAUCAAUUAUGCAAGUGAUCUUCAAAAGAAUUUUAGAAGGCUCAUAGAGGAAGCAGAGAAACUCUUUGCUAGGAGAGAUGACGUGGAAGCUGAAGCAAACAAAGACAAGACAAAGAAAAAAACUAAAGAGUGUGAAGCCUGGAUUGGUAGGGUUAAGAAUGUUGAGUAUGAGGUUCAAGAACUAGAAAAUGAAUUUAGAAAAGGAAGAAAACGUUCAUGGAAAGGGCGUCGCAUUUGGUCAGCUUCCAAUUUCAGUAAACGUUUGGCUGAGAAGUGCGAGGAAUUGCAUAGUCUGUGGGCAGAAGGAAGACUUGAAACAGAGGCAGUUGUCGAGAGACCACCUGAGCCUGUCAGAAUAAUGCAUGCCCUGAAAACAGAAAACAAGCCAUCAAUCCACUGUGCUGUUGAAGAGAUCCUUGGUUACUUGAGGGACCCCAAUGUGAAAAGAAUUGGGCUUUGGGGGACGGUGGGAAUAGGGAAGACCACCAUCAUGCAUAAUUUGAAUGAUGACGUAGAGAUCAGCAAAAUGUUUGACAUUGUAAUAUCAGCAUCAGUUUCCAAAGAAAGUAGCAUAGAGAAGUUGCAGAAGGCAAUUGUGCAGAGGCUUAAAUUGAAUACCGAAGGGAUCAGUGAUCCACACGAAAUAUCGUGGAGAAUAUCAAAAGAAUUGGAGAACAAAAAAUUCUUGCUUCUUCUGGAUGAAGUUUGGAAUGUUUUUGAUUUACAGGCAGUAGGAUUACAUGAUAACAACCAGGAUAGCAAGGUAGUGUUAGCAAGUAGAUACCAACAUGUUUGUUGGGAUAUGGAAGUUGAUGAGUUGGUCAAUGUGAAAAGGCUGUCUGAAGCGGAUGCAUGGAAAAUGUUCCGGGAGAAAGUGGGGAGGAAUAUUAAUCUGCCUGGUGUUGAACCACUUGCCCAUCUAGUGGUUUCCGAAUGUGCUGGUUUACCACUUCUGAUUGACAGAGUUGCAAGAUACUUCAGAAAGAAGGAUAACAUUAAUCUCUGGAGGGAUGGAUUAAGAAGCUUGCGGAGAUGGCCUAGUGUCAAAGUUCAAGGCAUGGACGAAGUUCUUGAAUUUUUGAAAUUCUGUUAUGACGAGUUGGAUGAUGAAGGACAAAAGAUUUGUUUCCUAUAUGGCGCACUGUUUCCGGAGGAUUCUGAUGUCUAUAUAGAUUAUUUAUUGGAGUGCUGGAGAGCAGAAGGCUUUCUGAGUGAUGCAGUUGAUUUUACUGAAGCUCGUGAUCGGGGGCAUGGAAUAUUGCAUGAUCUCAUUGAUGUUUCCUUGCUAGAAAGAAGUGAAAAAAUAAAGCAUGUUAGAAUGAACAAAGUGCUCCGGAAUAUGGCACUCAAAAUUUCGUCAGAAGGCAAGAAUUCUAAAUUCUUGGUGAAAGCUUGUGAGGGGCUGAAAGAGGCCCCUGAUGAAGAAGAUUGGAAAAUGGCAAACCGCAUAUCUCUGAUGGAUAACCAACUGUCCACAUUGCCAGGAACAGUAGAUUGCACUUCUCUCCUAACCCUGAUGCUGCAGAGAAAUUAUGAGCUGGCAUUAAUUCCAGACUCAUUUUUCGGAUCUAUGGAAAAGCUUCGAGUUCUAGACUUGCAUGGCACUCGGAUCACAUCCUUGCCAUCAUCAAUGUUGUGCCUAACGGCUCUAAGAGCCCUAUAUCUGAAUUCUUGCAGCCUCUUAACCGAACUUCCUAUUGACAUGAAAGCAUUGGCACAUCUUGAGGUUCUUGAUAUACGAGGCACUGGAAUUGACUAUUUGCCGGUUCAGAUUGGGGACUUGCUUACUUUGAGAUGCUUGCGGAUUUCCUUAUCCAAUUCGUGUAUCAGACGGGUGAUUGAGGGACGGUCAAGAGUCAUGGACAUUGGUCACAAUGUCAUCUCAAGGCUUUCUUUGUUGGAAGAGCUUAGCAUCGAUGUGCAUCCUAAUAACCAAUGGUGGAAUGUGGUUGUCAAGACUAUUACACAAGAAGUGGCCACCUUGACACGCUUGACUUCUCUGUCAUUUUGUUUUCCUUCUGUUGACUAUCUGAAGAUUUUUGUUUCUAGCAGCUCACUCUUGAAGAAUAUCUGCUUCACCUUCCGAUUUUCUGUUGGUUACCAUGAAUCUACUAGAUACCGAAUCCUCGAUCAUUUUCAGUAUGAAAUUUGCAGGUGCUUGAAAUAUGCAAAUGGGGUGGGUGUGGAUCAUGCAAUUUCUGCUGUACUUGCUGAAACUGAUGCAUUUGAACUUUUAUGCCACAAGGGAAUUUCAAGCAUAUCAGACUUUGGCAAUGCCAACAUGAACAAGAUACGGGGUUGCCUAAUUGAAGGGUGCUCCGACAUUAAAGCCAUUGUUGAUGGCAACCAUUCCACAGCAGGUGCAUUGGAAUGCAUGGAGAAGAUAGUCAUAAACAAUGCCCCAAAAUUGACAUGCCUUUGGGAUGGUCCCGUCCAAUCUGGAAGCCUAGCCCAACUAACUUCUCUAAGCAUUUAUAAAUGUCCAAAACUGAUGAAAAUAUUCUCCUGUGGCAUGAUUCAACAACUUUCUAAGCUUCAGUAUUUGAGAGUUGAAGAGUGCCAUGAGAUUAGCGAGAUCAUCAUGAAAGCUGAAAACAACAAUUUAGACCCUAAUGCACUUCCAGGUCUAAAGACUCUGAUACUUAUUGAUUUGCCUAAGUUGAGAAGCAUUUGGACUGAUAACUCAUUAGUGUGGCCAUCAUUAGAGAGCAUUACCAUAUGCACAUGCCAAUCACUAAAGAGAUUGCCCUUCGGCAGCCAUAAUGCAGCCAAACUGAGACAUAUUGAAACUCAAAGAGUGUGGUGGAGGCAGCUGUUCUGGCAGGAAGAUGAAGUUGAACAAAGAUUACGACCUAUAUGCAUAUUCAGCUAGUAAUUGGCCCGUCUUAUGCUGGGAAAUUCUACAGCAUCUGUUACAAGAAGGGUCUCAAAGAGCCUGGGUUUGCCUUUGCUCACCUAUCUAUACUUGAAGCAGCUUUUAGAUCAUUGUGAGGCUUAGUUCGCUGAGAACUAAGGUCAGUUUACAUAACUUGUCUUCCAUUUCGUAUCGUGUAUUAUCAAACAAUUGUAUGUUGUAAUACUGAGACUUGAGAACUGAGUCAGCUGUCUUCUAGUUUGUAUAAUUAGACUAAUAAUUUGUUUAUAAGCUUAAUGUGUAUGCGGAGCCUUUUUCGUGGAAA